CUGCUCCCUGACUAGUACAACUCUACUACACUUCAAUGGGAAAGAAGAAUUCAGAUUUUUCUUCAGCUUCAUCUAGUCGUGGAAAACGCGGUAAGGCUGCUGGCCGUGGCCGCUCUCGUGGAUCAGGAUUCAAGCGUGGCGGGAGGAAUGUUGCCGGCUCUGAUGAACGCCCGGAAAGUGCAAUAGACAACGUAGAUGAAAACAGCGCCGAUGAUGAUGACGACACUAUCAUCAAAGUACCGGUCGCUAUGUGGGACUUUGACCAUUGUGACCCACGACGAUGUUCAGGGAAGAAGCUCGCAGCGAUUGGAGUGGUCCUAAAGGGACAGUCAGUUAUAUCUCCUGCAGAUCGAGAAAUCGUUGAACAAUGCGGACUUGCUGUUGUCGAGUGCUCUUGGGCUCGUCUCGAUGACCCAUGGCGGCUCAACUGUGUCGAAGCGUUGGCCGCUGCCUUUUACAUCACCGGCUUCGACUCAUACGCCGAGAAACUGCUGUCGGGUUUUGGAUGGGGCGGAUCAUUUUGGAGCGUCAACAAGUAAUUUUUUCUUUCCUACAAGCCAUCAUCGCUUAUAUUCUACUGCGCAGGACUGUAUAUAGAACAAUACAGGACAUGCACUUCAUCUGCAGAAAUCAGUGAAGCUCAGGAAAAGAUAAUCAAAGACUUGGAGCAAAGCUGGGAGGACUCUCGCCGGGAGAAGGGUAAGCUUUACGCAUGUGGGAUCGUAUAAUGUCUCAUCCCAUCACCAGAUAAUACCGGAGAUGACUGAAGAUCUUCUGGUUAGAAAUCCGAACCAUCAAUAUCCCGAGAGCUGAUGAAGAAGAUCCUCCAGCAUCUAGUGACGACGAUGAGGGGCAUCGUUGAUUAAAUUAAUACUACCAGGACGAUGUAGCCAACAAGGUGGU